AUGGUCUGGUGGGGUUUUGUAGGAAUAACAUCAAUAACAACACUAACAGUGAUAUCUUUCGAGAGGUACAUGAUGGUGACGAGACCUUUGAACGCCAACCACCUUAGUUCGAAAGGCGCCAUCUUGUCUAUUGUCUUCAUAUGGACAUACUCUCUCGCGCUAACCACACCACCGCUCAUGGGAUGGGGCCAUUACGUCAAUGAGGCUGCUAAUAUAAGUUGUUCUGUGAACUGGCACGAGCAGUCAAUGAAUACGCUCACCUACAUCAUGUUCCUGUUCGCGAUGGGUGAGAUCGUUCCCUUGGCUGUUAUCACCUUCAGUUACGUGAACAUCAUCAGGACGCUAAAAAGGAAUUCACAACGGUUGGGUCGCGUAUCCCGAGCGGAGACAAAAGCCACAGCUAUGGUGUUCAUCAUGAUCGUAUCCUUCACCGUUGCGUGGACACCCUACUCCGUUUUUGCUUUGUUAGAACAAUUUGCUACGGAGGGAAUUGUAUCACCGGGAGCUGGCGUUAUUCCAGCACUGGUCGCUAAAAGUUCCAUUUGCUACGAUCCACUUAUUUACGUCGGUAUGAAUACACAGUUUCGAAACUCGAUAAAAAGGGUCUUCGGAGUCCAUUCUAAAGGCAAGAACUCACAUGCGGAGAAAGCGUACAAUAACACUCUGACGUCACCAGCUAAUAAACUGUCGAGCGUCAACACCCGCCUUAAUUGUUCAGAAACAAACCUAUCUAGUCACCACAAAAACUCCAAGGGCAAAAAGAUUAUCUUCAAUGACGACAUAUCAGAGAUGACAACGAACGAAUACCACCGAACUUUCACGAGGGAUCCCGACCUUUGUACUAUACCAGAAAGCAAAAAUUCAGAUGCUGAACGAUCAGGAGACACGAUAUACGACGAAGACAGUAGCAACACAGGUACUAACGUAAAAAAACUAGACCUCUUUGGAGAAUCUUGCAAAGUUAUCAACGAACGAUCACCAGUCUUAACCUUCAUGGAUUCAGAUCGUCUCCUAUUCACUAAAGCCCCCGAAGAAGUUAUUGCCGAAUCAAGUAAAAACAAUAAAUUAGGCAACGAAACACACGAAGACCAUGCUACAGAUAAAAAUAUUUACAAAACAGAAAACGAGUCUCAAAGCGCGGAAAAGUUAAAGAAAAUAAGACAGAGCUACUCACUAGACUUCCCUCGCCUUUCAAACGAUAACAAAAAGAGAAAAUUAUCAAUAGAAACGAAAUUCGAAAGUAUUCAACCAAAAGGUUUUUUCAAGGACACAAUUAAUAAACUGUUUGAUCAAGAUUCGAAGCAAGGACAGGAUAGCUUCAAGAGCUAUUUGUGCGAGACCAAAGAAGAGAUAGGGCAAGAUCUCUUGUAG